AUGGCUUGGUUCACAGGUCGCUUCAUGGCUGGCGAAGUUGCAGCUAUCUUGUCUGCAUUUGCUCUUGGAUACCUCGUCCAGAACAAAUCCCACGACAAAAAUAUUCCAUCUCAAACAGUCAAACAUUAUGGAUAUGAAAAAAGUCGUUCCAUUGAGAGCAACAGAGAGGGUAGUGACAAGCUUCCUAGCUGUCCCUACGAAUAUCUCCUUGGCAUCUACGGCCGUCAUCAUUUCGCGCCAUUUGUAAAGGCGUUUAGUCCGACGUUGAAAAAUGACGACCCUGAGAAGUACGCUCUCAUCCUUGACAUUAUGGAUGCUGUACACUUCUGCCUCAUCUUGGUGGACGACAUUUGCGACGACAGCACCAAGCGCAAGAACCAAACUACGGCUCACAUGAUCUACGGAUCGUGUGAGACGGCCAACAGAGCGUACUUUGUACUCACAAAGAUGAUCAACAGAGCAAUGCGGGAGCGGCCCGUUCUCGGUGUGGAAUUGCUCAAGGCCCUGGAGCAGAUGCUCGAGGGACAAGACCUAUCCUUGGUUUGGCGCAGAGAUGGGCUCAAAGCUUUUGGUUUCUCGGAGGAGGAGCGAGUCCCCAUGUACAAAAACAUGGCUCAACUGAAGACAGGGACACUUUUUGUACUUCUCGGAAGGCUGCUCAACGAUGGCGGUGAUCAACUGGAUGAUUUAUUCACUCGAUUCGGUUGGUAUGCGCAGCUGCAAAAUGAUUGCAAGAACAUAUAUUCCGACGAGUACGCGAUUAACAAGGGAGGUGUAGCGGAGGAUCUGAGAAAUGGCGAAUUGUCUUUUCCUAUCGUCAUUGCUCUCAACGAUAAACAUACGCAGUCUCGGAUCGAAAAGGCGUUCCAGAGCCGCAACGAAGGCGAUAUUGAAAAGGCCCUGGCGGGGUUGCAGUCUCCCAGUGUGAAAAAGACUUGCCUGGAGGCGCUUCAGGAUGCCGGCAAGGGGUUGGACAAGUUGGUGGCGGUCUGGGGACGACAGGAACAGAUGAACAAAACGGCAUAG